AUGUACCUACUGAAGUGGCUCCUUCUCGUCCUUUCUGCCAUUGAGCUGCUGCCGCUGACGCGGCUAUGGGCGCUUCAGGAGCAGCCCUGCGACGUGUCGCUCUUCAUCGCGCCGCGCCACUCUAACGACGACGUCAAAGUUCUCCUGACCUUGUUCCUUUCGACGAUGGUCGUGCUUCGCUUUGUGGGCUUCGCGCGCGGAGCCGCCAUGUCUCUGCCGGAGAAGUGGGGCCUCAUCGUCGCCCACGCGAUGGAGGCCGUACUUAUGGGCACGCUGUACAGGGCAAACGUGCUGCCGCGACGGCACGUGCUACCGUCCCUCAAGCGCAUCGAGGUGGACGUCAUUAUGGGCUUCAUUGCCGUCAACCCCUGGCUCCUGCUGCUUCUGAGAACUUCGGAGGGGUCCUCUUCCAAGUCGAAAGCCGAGUGA